AAACACACACACGCACAUAUUUAUAGGCACACUCGCAACAACUCAUUUUGCCCAAGUCCCUCAAGAUGUUGCUCCUCUUCUUACUUUCACUCUUCAAUUUCAACCCAUCUCUGAGCCUAAAACUUUGCUCCUUCAAUGUGAGGUCUUUUGGAGAAACUAAAAUAGCCAGACCUGAAGUCGUUGAUGCCGUGGUAAAGAUCAUUUCUCGCUGUGACAUCAUGUUGCUGAUGGAAAUAAAGGACAACAAGAACCGUGUUUGUCCUCUCCUAGUGGAGAAGCUCACCAGUCAGCUGAAGGAGCCAAAGGAUGAAUACAGGUGCAUUGCCAGCCAGAGGCUGGGAAGGAACAGCUACAAGGAGCAGUAUGCCUUCAUCUACAGGCAACAUCUGGUAUCGGUGAAACAAACCUACCAGUACCCUGACACCCAGCCUGGGGAUGAGGAUGUCUUCUCCAGGGAGCCCUUUGUCAUCUGGUUCCAGUCUCCAAAAACUGCUGUCAAUGAGUUUGCUAUAAUCCCUCUGCACACCACACCAGACACUGCAGUGCGGGAGAUUGAUGAGCUCUACGAUGUGUAUUUAGAUGUCAAACAGCGCUGGAAAACCGAGAACUUCAUCUUCAUGGGAGAUUUCAAUGCUGGAUGUAGCUAUGUUCCCCAAAAGCAGUGGAAGAACAUCCGGCUGAGGACUUACUCUGAAUUCAUCUGGCUAAUUGGUGACAAAAAUGACACAACAGUGAAGAGCAGCACAAGCUGCCCAUAUGACAGGAUCGUAGUCAGCGGACAGAAGCUCAUCCAGGCUGUUGUGCCACACUCUGCCAACAUCUUUGAUUUCCAGAAGGACUUUCAGAUGACUGAGGAGCAGGCGCUGGGAGUCAGCGACCAUUUCCCAGUAGAGUUUGAGUUAAAAGCAAAAGGUGGCUUCUUCAACUGGCUGAGAUCAAAGUUUUCAAGGAAGAGGAGGCCAAGGAAGAGCCGCCAAUCAAGAUGAUGAUCAUGCUGAGUCCUCAUCCAUGGCGUGGAAAUACACGAAUGCCAACAGAUCUUGUAGAAGACUGGUGUAAAUAUACUCACAGCAAGCGGAACACCCCCCACCACCCCCAAAUAUUUUGUUAAAGUUCAAAUAUUUUGGGUGAGAAGGCAAAAUAAACCUUCAGGUUAUUUUCUUAUUUUCUGUAUGCAGAAAUAAACCAGCUAGAAGCAGCACACUA